AAUUUGAAACUGUAAAUGUUUCGCCUGAUAUCGUUUCCUUAGCGAAACCAAAACUUGACCACCAUUUAGCCAAAUGUGUUUUAGUAACACCAUGUGCAAACAACAGUAAAUCGAUCAAUUCGCUGACACAAUAAUUUUCUUAUUUGAUCACUUUUGGCUUUUAUUUCACUUGUUUUUUUUAUUGUCAACAUCAUCAAUAAGUGUUAAUCGAAACUUUAAUUUUAACUGUUCUCUAUCGAUUUCUUCUGUUGUUGAUGAGGAUAUAUCGAUAAUAACGUCAUCAUCUGUUGAUGGUGGUGAAAGAUCAAUACUAGUCAUCUAAGAUAAUUUAAAAAUACAUGUAAUAUUAUAGUAAAUAAAGGCAAAAAUCAAAUCCAUUAUGCAGAAAAUAAAUAAAAUUUAUGGUCACGAAAAACUAAUUUGUAAAUAGAAUAAGAUAGUGCUUUGUUUUGUGGAUGAUUGUUUUGUUGAUCAUGCCAAUCAUAAUAAGUUGACUUAUGAACAGAAAAACAAUUCGCUAUUCUUCACUUUAAUAAAAUGACUAUAUAGUUACUACAUCUAUUCUGUUUGUAUUUGCUUUCAUUCGAUACAUUGUUAAUCUGUAUCAUCUAUACUUAUAUCUCCAUCACUUAUUUUACAAUAAAAAAAAAAGUCACGAAAUGUGUAGAAAUUUUAGGAUCGAAUAGAAAAUUGGAUUAAAUUUUCAUUUGCACUAGAAUUGGAAAUAACUCAUUUACUUUUUUUGAGAUAUAUCUGACAUUUAAAACCCUUACACCUAAUAAUGAUUCGAACAUUUUCCUGGGUAUAGUUACUUAUGUAUAUAAAUUAUAAAUGGGAUAGGAUAUGAAUUCUUGAAAAUCCAGUAAUAUGCUCCUACAUAAAUUUAUCAUGUAAUUACAUGAUUCUAACCUUUAUAUUUCUAUUAGACAAUUAAAGUGUAAUGAAAAUAUACUGAUUGAGAAAAAAAUCGGUUUGGUUUGAAUUAUAGUAAAAUAAUCUACUCAAAUAUUAGAUUUUCUCAGAAAAACUCGAAAUUUCAGCCGCUGCGGCGCCGCAACGCCACGAUAAAAACACAAAGGUUGCCGCUGCUGCGACGCACCGCGGCGGUAAAGGAACACAAGUUGCCACUACCACACCGCUACUGCCAUGGCGGUAGCGGUGCGGCAGCGGUAGCGGCAGCACCACCAUGGACAUCUCUGGUCUACUCGUCGUACUCUACAAUAUGGAUGAACUAAAAAAUUGGUUUUCAUAAAUAUGUCUCUGGAAUUCUAACUACAGGACCUUUAUUAAUAUUCGAAGUCAGCAUGAUCGAUUAUUUGUAACCCACUAGAUUUGGUGAAACAGAAACGAUUAGACAGUUAAGGACUUUGUCUUGUCAGACCGGUUCCAUCUCUAAUAUUGUAAUGAAAGAAAGAUUUGUAGUUCUUUCAAAAACUAUUAUUUUUAUUUAAGAAAAACUCUUUUCAGAAUGCACAAACGCCAACAAAUCUUCAUCCAGGUUUUGUUGCACCUGGUCCAAAUGUUGAUUUAUUCUAUGAAAUCAUGCAAGAUCGUUUUCCUGGUGUUGAUGCAUCUAUUGCUGGUCAGGUAUAA